AUGGGUCGACUGUCAUAAUCUUAUAUGUGAUCCCAGAUGUUUUUUUUUUCUUUUCUUGGAUUAACAUUCCUUGGUGUGUUUUUUUCUUCUCUUAAAAGAAAACCAAAUAAAAUUCUCGAUUCCUUUUCUUCUUCGACGAUUAUGCUUUCUUGGUGAAAUGGGAAAUGUGAGAUGCCUUUCUUGGUUGAUUUUGUAUGGGUUUUUUCCCUUUUUCUUGGUUUCAAUUCAGCCACUAGGAUUAUACCUGUGUGUGGAGCAGUAAUUUGCUUUGCUUGUUGACUUCUGUUACUGGGUCCGAAACGUGUAAGACUAUAUUAGGUUUGUUCUGUCAAAUGCUCUGGUGCUGAAUCCUCACUUUUCUUACUGUAAAUAAGUGCCAAAGUUGGUGAGCUUUCGGACGUCUGUUGCUGAGGUUCUGAGUCUUUUGUCAAGGAUUCUUUCUUCCCUUAGCAUGGCAACUAAUGAAAAUCUUCCACCAAAUGUAAUAAAGCAACUGGCAAAGGAAUUGAAGAGUCUUGAUGAAUCCCCACCAGAAGGCAUUAAAGUUGGAGUAAAUGAUGAUGAUUUUUCUAUCAUAUAUGCUGACAUUGAAGGCCCAGCUGGGACUCCGUACGAAAAUGGUGUUUUCCGUAUGAAGUUGUUACUGUCUCAUGAUUUUCCUCACUCCCCUCCAAAAGGCUACUUUCUUACGAAGAUUUUUCAUCCAAAUAUUGCAACCAAUGGUGAAAUUUGUGUGAACACGCUAAAAAAGGAUUGGAAUCCAACUCUCGGGUUACGACAUAUACUCAUUGUAGUUAGGUGUUUACUGAUUGAGCCUUUUCCAGAAUCUGCUCUCAAUGAGCAGGCUGGCAAGAUGCUGCUUGAAAAUUAUGAUGAGUAUGCUAGGCAUGCCAGGCUUUAUACAGGAAUUCAUGCAAAGCCAAAACCCAAGUUCAAGUCAGGAGCUAUUUGUGAAUCAACUACGGCGUUGAAUGUUGACCAGUCUAACACCUCAGUUCUCAAUGUUGACCAGAAAAAUGGUGCAAGUGGGGCUACUGCAUUAUCAUUGCCAUCCCCACUGGCCCAGUCUAUCACAGCCACAAAAGGAGGGAAUAACCAGGAUCAGCAGUCUAUAUUUCCAGCAACUGAAACAGGAGUGAGUGGAACUGCCCUCGUAGGAACAGCAGGCCCUGCUCUUAAGAAGGAAGGCUUGACAAAAGUUCAGGCAGACAAGAAGAAAAUGGAUGCGAGAAAGAAAAGUUUGAAGAGAUUAUAAAAAUGAUAGGAUAAACUAAUUAAACGCCGUUUUUGGAGUAUGCAGCUAAAUUUAUGUCAACGGCUUGGGAAAUUGGUUGUUUUUUGGUGUAAUGGAUGCUUCAAUUUGGAAAGGUGAUGGAACAAAUUUGCCUGCUCAC